AACCCAUCCUCCUCCUCCUGUCUUCAUCCUCCCAUUCCAGGCAUUCUCCACUAUUCCAGCGCAGCGCAUGCGCAGUGGAGCUCACGGGAAGCCAUGUUAAAGUUAGUCAAGUACUGAGACUGAGAUUCCCUUCUGACGCCGUAUGUUUAUUUUUUUCCGUUUUUCUCCUUUCGUCCGUAUCAGGGCCCCCAGCAAUUAACAUUGAUAGUUAGAGGCCGGAGUCCCCACGAUGAACUCUAGUUUCGAUCUGUCCAGGCGAAAUCCACAAGAGGAUUUCGAGCUUAUCCAGAGGAUAGGCAGCGGGACCUACGGGGAUGUUUACAAGGCUCGUAAUGUCACUACAGGAGAGCUGGCUGCUAUCAAGGUCAUUAAACUGGAGCCAGGCGAGGACUUCGCAGUGGUUCAGCAGGAAAUAAUCAUGAUGAAAGACUGCAAGCACUCUAACAUUGUGGCCUAUUUUGGUAGUUACUUAAGGAGAGAUAAAUUAUGGAUAUGUAUGGAAUACUGUGGGGGAGGCUCAUUGCAAGACAUAUAUCACGUUACUGGGCCACUAACAGAAUCACAGAUAGCAUAUGUAACAAGAGAAACCCUUCAGGGUUUAUAUUACCUACACAACAAAGGAAAGAUGCAUCGAGACAUAAAGGGUGCCAAUAUUUUAUUGACGGACAAUGGUUAUGUCAAGCUAGCUGAUUUUGGCGUAUCUGCACAGAUCACAGCCACACUAGCUAAAAGAAAAUCCUUCAUUGGGACUCCUUAUUGGAUGGCCCCAGAAGUGGCCGCCGUGGAGAGGAAAGGAGGCUACAAUCAUCUGUGUGACAUCUGGGCUGUGGGCAUCACCGCUAUUGAACUAGCCGAACUGCAACCUCCCAUGUUUGACCUUCAUCCAAUGAGAGCUCUGUUUUUGAUGACAAAAAGCAACUUUCAACCCCCCAAAUUAAAAGACAAAGUUAAAUGGACCAAUAAUUUCCACAGUUUUGUGAAAUUGGCGUUGACGAAAAACCCAAAGAAACGGCCACCAGCUGACAAGUUAUUGCAGCAUCCCUUUGUGUCCCAACCGUUGAGUCGUAUUUUGGCGAUUGAGCUGCUGGAUAAAGCGAACAACCCCGACCACUCGUCCUUCACAGACCUGGAUGAUGACGACCCCGAGCCAGAGCCUCCAGUGUCUGUUCCACAUCGGAUUCGCUCAACAAGCCGUACCAGUCGGGAAGGGAAGACUCUGUCAGAGAUUAACUUCGGUCAGGUGGAGUUUGACCCUCCUAUAACAACAGAGACGAAACCGCAUCAUGAACCGCCCGACAUUGACGAUUUUUUGGACUGUGCCGAAGAAAUAUACUACACUGCAAGAUCUAAUCUGGAUUUACAGAUGGAUUAUGGACAAGGAUCUCCUAAAGGCUCCAUCAUGGGAGGAAAUAAGAGCCUCUUGAAAUCUGUUGAAGAGGAGCUGCACCAGAGGGGGCAUGAGGCUCAUUUGGAGGAUGAUGAUGAGGUAGAAGAUGAUGGUGAUGAUCAUGAUGAUGAAUUGCAACACACGAAAAACUCUACCAUGAGGCCUAAGGUCCCCCCACCACUUCCUCCCAAGCCAAAGCCUAGUCCCGGACCUCAUCAAAGCCCCUCUGGUGAUCAUGACGGUAACCAGGGCACAAUAAAGCGCUGCCCGGGACCUGAAAGCCCGGCUCGAUCAUCCACCAAUGUACCCCCUCGGCCUCCGCCUCCUCGACUGCCUGCAAACAAGCUCAGCAGUUUAGGCAAUGGAAUUAGCCCAUCUGAACAUUCGCCCUCAACGGAGAGACAGUCCACAAUGCCCCCUGCUGUUCCUAUACCAAAGGACAAGAAAGAUUUUCUAAAGCCCAUCAGUAAUGGUCUCCCUCCAACUCCAAAAGUUCAUAUGGGAGCAUGUUUCUCUAAAGUCUUUAAUGGCUGUCCAUUAAAAAUACACUGCGCUACCUCAUGGAUCAAUCCAGACACACGAGACCAGUAUCUGAUAUUUGGAGCAGAGGAAGGUAUCUACACCUUAAACCUUAAUGAGCUGCACGAGACGUCCAUGGAGCAGCUUUUCCCCAGGAGAUGUACUUGGCUGUAUGUCAUGAGCAACAGCCUGCUAUCAAUAUCCGGAAAAGCAUGUCAUCUUUACUCUCACAGUCUGACUGGCCUGUUUGAACAUGCUCGACAAAUGCAGAAACUCCCUGUUGCCAUACCAACACAUAGAUUUCCUGACAAAAUGAUCCCCAGGAAAUUCUCAGUGUCCAAUAAGAUCCCUGAAACAAAAGGGUGUCAGAAGUGCUGUGUAGUGAGGAAUCCUUAUACUGGUCACAAGUACCUGUGUGGUGCCUUUCAGUCCAGUGUUGUCCUUUUUGAGUGGGUGGAGUCCAUGCAGAAAUUCAUGUUGGUCAAGAGCAUAGACUUCCCCCUGCCGUGUCCGCUGGAGGUGUUUGAGAUGCUGGUGGUUCCAGAGCAUCAGUAUCCUCUCAUCUGCAUAGCUGUGAGCAAAGGGACGGAGCUUAAUCAGGUGGUGCGGUUUGAGACACUCAAUCCCAACUCUACCUCCAACUGGUUCGACUCUGAUACCCCACAGAGUUGUGUGAUGCAUGUGACCCAGCUGGAGAGAGAUACAAUUUUAGUCUGCUUGGAUCGGUGCAUUAAGAUUGUGAAUUUGCAAGGUCGGUUAAAGUCCAGUCGAAAACUCUCAGCAGAACUGACUUUUAACUUCCAGAUUGAAUCAAUAGUUUGCCUUCAAGACAGUGUGUUGGCCUUCUGGAGACAUGGCAUGCAAGGACGUAGCUUCAAGUCCAAUGAGAUUACACAGGAGAUUUCUGACAACUCAAGGAUAUUUAGACUGCUGGGUUCAGACAGAGUGGUGGUUUUGGAGAGCCGGCCAACAGACAAUCCAACAGCACACAGCAAUCUCUACAUCCUCGCAGGCCAUGAAAAUAGCUACUGACCGCAAUGCAUCUUGGGGCAAAAACACUACAUGCCGGAAUGCAGCGUUACAAGAGCCUUGGAUUUCAUGUGGCCCAAUGACAACUGGCCACAUCCACAGAUAUGCUGCUGUUGGACCACUGAGAGCACAGAGGAAGACUUGAAUGGAUAUAAUGAUUUCAGAGAACAGAUAGGCCGUAACCGCAUGAUGUACUACCGUAUGCACUUUCACCCAUAACUGUUUUAGACGCCUCGUUUUGGUUUGGCUUCUAGCAGUUUUAAUUUAUUUUGUAACUGAAACACACACACUUUUUUUUUUUUUUUUUUUUCAAAAAUAAGCAAGAUUUCUUUUGUUUUAAGCCACUACUCUCACAUGACGCUAACCACACAAGUGCUUGAAGACACGUAUUUAAUUCAUGUACAUACAGUCAUAGUAUUGAGUUGUACUCUUUGCAUUGGUUAUGUAGAUAUCAGUACAUUUAUGUUGUACAGGUUUGUGGCAGCGUUGGCUGUUGUAAAGGACUGUGAGAUGUUGGGUACUACUUAAAAUGACCUCUAAGGCCAGAUAAUUUUUGUUAUAUGCAAUGGUUUAAGAAUCACAAAGCUGAAGUGCCACUCUUUCCAAGACUUGCCUUCUUAACGUCUUUGUUUUAGUUUUAAUUUUAAUUUUUAUCUUUUGUUUUAUUGUAAAACCUAAUCUUUUUUAUAUAAAGCCAAAUGGUGUUUUAUUGAGCAACUUUUAAUUCAACUGCCCUCGUAAUUGUUUUUAACUCUGUGGUAUGCACUCACUUCAAAUUUGCACAAUGUUAUUAAAAUGUUGAUGUGUAUAUGUAAGUGUAUGUUUAAAACCAUACAGAUAAUAACAUAUAUAGAUAUAUACACAUGUAUUUUUUGUAAAUGUGUACAUGUAUAACCCUAAUAAGCAAUAAAUCAUAAGGAUGUUUAUACAUUCUUUUAAACAAACCUGUAAGACUGAAUUCUCAAGCUUGUUAUAUGGAUGUCACUGUCUGCAUCCGGUUGUGUUUGUAUGUAAUUUGAGUGCUGUACACACUAUUUACAAGAUGUUGGAGUUUGUGAGUUGCUGUAAACAUUCUGCAACAUGUACUUUCACUUUCAGAACUGUCAUUGAAAGUAAAGGAAAUUCCAUCAUAAGAAAAGAAAAACAUAUUCCUUGAGUUAUCUUGUUUGUUUAUCUGUAAUUGGCAAGUUAGUACGAUUAUGGAAUUAAUUUUCGUUUUGUGUCAAUGUACAUAGUGUAAAAUAAAAUCACAUGGUUUUACAUACUGA